UGUGUUUCAAAAAAAUCUAAUCCAUAUACUGCAAAAUCCUUGUGCAUCUUCUUCAGAGCAAACGGAAACAACUCCAACAAAUGUCCAUGAAAAAAGAAGGUGAAAUUCUAUACAAAAAGGGAUUAUGGACAAUGGAGGAAGACAAGUUACUCAUUGAUUAUGUCAAGGUCCAUGGAAAAGGACAAUGGAACAAAAUAGCCAACAGAACAGGUUUGAAGAGAAGUGGGAAAAGUUGUCGGCUAAGGUGGAUGAAUUACCUGAGUCCUAACGUUAAAAAGGGUGAUUUUUCUGAAGAAGAAGAAGACCUCAUCAUUAGACUUCAUAAGCUUCUUGGAAACAGAUGGUCUUUGAUUGCGAAACGAGUUCCAGGUCGAACUGACAAUCAAGUCAAGAAUUACUGGAAUAGUCAUUUGAGGAAGAAACUAGGGAUCAUUGAUCAAAACGAGACGAGGAUCGAUUUUUGUCAAAGUUCAAAGCAAGUCAAAGUGUGUCAUGUUGAUGAGGCAGCCACGGAUCCAAGUCCUGGACAUGGAACCACCACUGAAACCACGGGUAUAACAGUGGAUCAAAGUAACCAGCAGGAAGCCAUUGAUCAUCGGGUCUUAAACAAUACUACUCAAGAAUCAAUGACCAGUGAGAGUUAUAUCAACACUUUCUGGAUUCCUGACCAUGAUUAUGAGCUAAGUACACUUGCCAUGAUUGACCACUUCCAUGAAUAUUCUUCUUUUCAUCUUAGCUAGAGACUAUGUUAUUAGAUUCCGGUUUUAUUUUUAGAUAUAAGUAUGCAUCUAACAUGGCAAUGUUAAAUUUUUCAAAAGAUUUUUCAUGUAUUUGAGCAGUUCAUGUCUUUGAAGAUUAAGAUAUAUCUGAAACAAAUAUCACAAUCAAAACAACCAUUAUCGAA